CCGGUGGGGUGGGGCCGUGGGGGCGGAGAAUUAAAGAAAGACUACAGUGUCUUCUUCUUUCGAGAGAAGACUUUGGGUCGAUCCCACAUUACUGUUAUGAAUUUGUAGUAUAUUCUCUGUUUCUUUUCGAUUCUGCAAGAAAGAAUUUGGGUAUGUAAAAUGAAAGCAAUGGGUUCGAUCGACUGGGAGGAGGAAUCUUACCCUGCAUACAAAGAUUUCAGUGCUCUUCUCUUGUUCGCUUUGUUCUUUCCAACGAUACGCUUCUUUCUUGACAGAUUCUUCUUUGAGAAAGUGGCAAGACGACUCAUUUUUGGGAAGGGACAUCAAAUGCUGGAUGUUGAGACAAAAGGGAGGAGGCACAAGAUCAAGAAAUUCAAGGAAUCAGCAUGGAAAUGUAUUUAUUUUCUUUCAGCAGAGAUUUUGGCUCUAUCUGUCACAUAUAAUGAGCCCUGGUUCACUAAUACCAAAAGUUUCUGGGUGGGGCCAGGAGAUCAGGUCUGGCCUGAUCAAAAGAUCAAAUUGAAAUUGAAGGGAUUGUAUAUGUAUACUGCUGGAUUCUACACAUACUCCAUAUUUGCUCUGGUUUUCUGGGAAACAAGACGUAAAGACUUUGGGAUAUCAAUGGGUCAUCAUGUAGCAAGUGUGAUUCUUAUUGUUUUGUCUUACAUACUCAGGUUUGCUCGUGUUGGAUCAGUUAUUUUAGCUCUGCAUGAUGCAACUGAUGUGUUUAUGGAAGUUGCAAAGAUGUCCAAGUACAGUGGUUUUGAAAAGCUUUCUAGCUUUUCAUUCGUUCUUUUUGUUUUGGCAUGGAUCUUACUUCGUCUUAUCUACUACCCAUUCUGGGUCCUAUGGAGUACAACCUAUGAAGUUCUUCUGACUCUGGACAAGGAGGCAUACAAGGUUAAAGGCUCCAUAUAUUAUUAUGUGUUCAAUACCCUCCUAUUUUGCCUGCUCGUCCUUAAUAUUUAUUGGUGGGUGUUGAUGUUUUGGAUGCUUGUAAAACAAAUCCAAGAUAGAGGCCUAGUCAGCGAUGAUAUUCGUCAGGUAUGUAGCUCAAGUUCAACAGAUCAUUUACUGAGGUUCAGGAACACCCACAAUGCACUUGAACAAGAAAAAUGCACAUGUUCAAAUAUUGAAACUAGUCAUGUAAGGUUUUCAUGAAAAAAGGCUGCCAGG